GAAAACUUUUACAUACAGCGAUUUACAGUAAAUCAAAUAAAUUUAUCAUCAUUCUUAAAAAUAAACUAUAAUAAAUAUGUCUAGAGAUUUCAAAACUUAUAGAAAAUCUUUAAGUGUCGAUAUAUUGUUCCCACCUCCUUUAGCGAUUACAAAAGAUAAGCAAUUGAGCGCUAAAAUUAAAUUACGACCUUAUAAUUUUAUUUUAAAAUCAAUAAGGGGGAAAAACCUUUUAGUGUUGGGAGCGACGGGGGAUCUAGGAUUUCAAGUUAUGUCUCAAGCGCUUGAAGCUUCAUAUCAUGUGACAAUUUUAAUUCGUAAUGAUAAAAAUCUUCCAUUUGAAAGUCAUCAUUUACGAAAUCCAAAUCUUGUAAUAAUUACUGGAUCAGUUUUAUCAAGAGAAGAUAUGAAUAAAGCAGUUGAAGGACAGGAUGCAAUAAUAAAUUGUCUUGGACCGCGUGCAUUAUGGACAAGUGAUAUUGAUAUAUGUUCAAGAUCACAAAGAAUUAUAAUAGAAUCAAUGAAAUUUUAUGGUGUAAAAAGGAUAAUUGUUGUAACAUCUCAAGGUAUUAGUGGGAAUGAUAAACAAGUUGGAAGAAUACAAAGUUUUUUCGGAUUUAAUUUUACGGGUAAAGUUAUAUCCGAUAAAGAACUACAAGAACGGUAUAUUAAAGAAAAUUCGGAUUUUCUUGAUUGGACUAUAAUAAGACCUGGUAAAUUAUAUAAUGGUGAAUUAACAGGUCAUUAUAAAUUAAAUGAAAAUUUUGCUUUGAUGAAAAUUUCUAGAGCUAAUGUUGCUCAUUUUAUACUUAAAGAAUUACAAACUGGUAUUUGGUUAAAAAGAACUCCAACUAUUAACGGUUAUUAGUUAAUAAUAACAGGUCAUGUGAUAUUAAAUGUAUUUUGUUAGGGCCGGAACAAUUAAAGGUUGUUUAAUAAAAUAUGACUAUUACACAUGUUAAAUAAUCCUUUUUAAUUGGGCAUUGGGAUAGUCUUAAUGAAACUUAUAUGUAUUUAUUGAUCUGACUAUAAGAAAUAAAAAAUGUUUAAAUUGAAGAUUAAGACUAUCAUUACUAUAAUCGCAUUGUUUUUUGUGAUUGUCACAUGAUUUUACAAUAAUGCAUGUUUUAG